AUGUUGAAAGCUAACAGCGCAAUCAUUAGCAGGACAAAUGGCCGUGUUGCUUCGAAAUUGACUGCAAUUGCCAGCUCUAGGUACUAUAGAUGUACUCCUUUUUUCCAGAACAAGCAGACACAUCCUAAUGACCCAACUUCUGUCGAAGAUUUAGCAAGUCGUCCCGACGCUAAUGCAACAACAAGAACCGACUACUACGAAUACGAGCGUUUGGUCAAAGGCUCAGGGAAGGAUUUUAAAGCUACAUGGCUGAAUGCGUUGGCGGAACGUAAAGCUCAAUUGGCACAGGGAAAAAUUAUCGAUUCGUACGUUUACAGCCAUAUCAAGUCGACUGAUGUCAUCGACAAGACAAGAAAGGAUUCUUUUGCUUACAUAGUGCUGCCAUUCAGAGAUGAUCCUACAGUGGCAGAUUUUUAUGUGAAUGCUGCGGGUCGCCUGAGAAUGGGUCAAUUGUUCCAAGAUCUGGACUCACUGGCUGGUAAGAUCGCCUACAAGCACACAGCUCCGGUGGAGCCUAUGAUUGUUACCGCAUCUGUUGAUCGUAUUUAUCUGCUAAAACCGGUGGAUAGCAUCGCUGAUGUGAAUAUCAUUCUUUCGGGUGCUGUGAUUUACACGGGUAGAUCCUCCAUGGAGAUCUCUAUCACGGCUAGGGCCCUAAAAAGCGACAUACCCAAAGAGAUCGACGAGAACUCACUAUCUGAUGAAGAUAUCUUUAUGACAGCAUCUUUUACCUUUGUUGCCAGAAAUCCCGAAACUCACAAGUCAUUAGCCAUCAAUAGGUUAUUGCCUCUGAACGAGCAAGAGUGGAUGGAUUUCAAACGUGCAGAAUCGAGAAUGGCUGCCAAAAAGAUGCGGGCUAUAAACAUGAAUCUGGAGAAGUAUCCACCAACCAAAGACGAGUCGGUACUCAUCCAUCAGCUUUGGACAGCUUCCAAAAAGCUAGCUAGUUUGAAAGAGAAACCCUCCAAUAUUAUUUUCAUGAAGGACACAAACGUUAAGUCUACCAUGUUUAUGCAACCACAGUAUAGGAAUAGACAUUCCUACAUGAUUUUCGGAGGUUAUCUGAUGAGACAAACUUUUGAGCUCGCCUAUUGUUGUGCGGCCUCAUUUUCCCAUUCCCUACCUAGAUUCGUGUCCUUGGACUCAUUGACAUUCAAUACUCCAGUUCCGGUCGGCUCCGUUUUGCAUAUGGAUGCUACCGUCGUUUACACGGAGCAUUUGCAUGAAUCAAGCAAGCCCGAAGCGCAAUCUGCAGUAGACGGCUCUGUCGAUGAUAAGAACAACUUCCACUUCCAGCCAACUCCGGUUAAUGAACUUUCCUUGAGAGAAAAUGACUUCUUAUCAAAACCAGGUACCUUGAUUCAAAUCAAAGUCGACACUAAAGUUCAGGAAUUGGCUUCAGAGAAGAUCCAGAAAUCGGGGUCUUUUAUUUAUUCUUUCUUCACUCCAAGAGAUGCUGAUGAAGACCAUGUAGCAAAGCCUGGUUAUUGCACGGUCAUUCCUGAAUCCUACUCGGAAAUGAUAGAAUAUGUUGAAGGCAGAAGACGUGCAAAGGAUACGGCAAUGUAUGCUAAGUCACUUAAGGCAAACUCCCAGUAG